AUGGACAGCUCUGAAUACUGCGAGAUCAACUCAAAUAUGACUCUCGAAUAUAUAAAUAGAAUACUACUGGAGGAGGAUAUUGAUGAGAAGCCCAUCAUAUACCAAGAACGUGAUGCACUUCAGGCCACGGAGAAGCCCUUCUACGACAUUCUUGGACAGGUAUAUCCAUCUCCAGCAAAGGAGAUAGUGCUGAAUAGCGAUAGUCAAGGUCCCGAUGAUAUUAGCAACAAUUAUCAUGAAGGGGCAUGCAGUGGAAGCUUGGACAAUGAUUUUCUAGGGGCACAGGGUAUGCACCUGAUAGCCAAUGAUUAUGGUUCUGAAACUGACCAUCUGUCUUUGCAAUUUACAAAAGGUGCAGAGGAAGCAAAUAAGUUUGUCCCCAUUGUUGAGAAGUUGGUGGUUGAUCUGGGUAGCAGUGAGCUCGCUGUCUCCAAACAAAUGACACAGGCAACAGUUGGACAAAAGGGCAAUCAUGUAAACAAAAUAAGGAGUCAUCCACAUGUGAACUUGGAGUUGCUGAACACGAAGAACAGUAAGCAUUUGGCAAUUUCAGGUAGUGAAACAAUCCGGGAUGAAACUUUUGAUAGUGUUCUACUCUGCACUGGGCAACUAUCACGUGAUGCUGCCCACCUUAGAGAAAUGAAAGCAAAAGAAGCACGUGAUAGUUCACAGAUUGCUCAAAGCAAAGAAUAUGGCAAAGGGAAAGUGAAAUCACGUGCUAGGAAGCAACAGGAGGAGGCAAUUGAUCUCAGAGCUCUUCUCACCCAGUGUGCAGAAGCGAUAGCAUCAAAUAACCAACCAUUCGACAGAGAGCUAGUGACAAAGAUAAGGGAUCACUCUUCACCAUAUGGAGAUGAUUCUCAUAGGCUGGCAAUUUAUUUUGUAGAUGCUCUUGAGGCACGCAUAGCUGGGACUGGAAGUCAAAUGUAUCAGAAGCUGAUGGCGAGACGAACAAGCACCACAGAUAUGCUCAAGGCCUACCGCCUUUUUACUGCAGCAUGCCCUUUCACUAAGGUAGCAUACUACUACUCCAAUCAAACCAUUGUUGAUGUAUCGGUGGAGCGACCAAGGGUGCAUAUCAUUGAUUUCGGCAUCGUAUUCGGCUUUCAGUGGCCAUCACUAAUCCAGCGCUUUGCAAAUCGACAAGGUGGCCCCCCAAACCUUCGUAUCACAGGCAUAGAUGUACCCGAGCCAGGUUUUCGCCCCUGUAAAAAGAUUGAGGAGACAGGAAAGCGGUUGGCUGAGUACGCAGAAAUGUUCAAUGUACCUUUUCAGUAUCAAUGUGUUGCCUCACGAUGGGAAAAUAUAUGCAUCAAGGAUCUCAACAUUGACAAGGACGAGGUGCUCAUAAUCAACUGCUUGCACCAAUUGAACAAUCUCAGUGAUGAGACAGAAGACAUAGAUAGUGCAAGGGAUAGGGUAUUGCGUAUCAUGAUGAGGAUGAACCCAGAGGUUCUCAUAAUUGGUGUCACGAAUGGCUUGUACAAUUCCCCAUUCUUCCUACCGCGAUUCAGAGAGGCUUUGUUUUAUUACUCUUCACAGUUUGACAUGCUAAAUUCAACUGUCAUACGGAGUCAUGAGGCAAGGAUACUGAUAGAGAGGGAUCUCCUUGGAGCAGAUGUGUUCAAUGUUGUAGCGUGUGAAGGUGCAGAGAGGAUCGAGAAGCCAGAGACUUAUAAACAGUGGCAAGUGAGAAUCCUCAAAGCUGGGUUCAAGCAACUUCCUGUUAAUCAAACCAUUCUGAAGAGUUCAGUAGCGAGAAAGAAGGAUCUUUAUCAUGAAGACUUCGUCGUUGACGAAGAUAGUGGCUGGUUGCUGCAAGGGUGGAAAGGAAGGAUACUGCAUGCACUGUCUUCAUGGAAACCUAAAGAAUCAUAUACUAACCAGUAG